UUCAGUUACCUUUGCCGCCACCGGAGCUCUCAAACCUCCAAGCAAAACAAAAAGUAGAAAAGAUUAAAGAAAAAGGAAAAGAGAGAGAGAGAGAGAGAGAGAGAGAGAGAGAGAGAGGGGAAAGGCUUAAUAUGUUGGAAGUACAGAGUCUAACUAAAGCUUUGGUCCCAAAAUCCCUUAUCCCUAAUCCAUCUCCUGGAAACCUUCAAUCUACUCGUCUAGCCCUCCAUGUGAAGGAGGAUGCUUCUCCUCCUUCUUGUUGGGUCUACAUCGCCUCUGGUUGCCGCAUUUACAAAGUUCUUGUACGGAUGGGAGGUUCGUUUGUUUAUCAAGGAAAGGAGAGCCUUUUAAUCCCUCAAGAAACUCUGGUUUUAGACUCUGCAGUACUUAAUUGCUGCCCCCACCGGUCAGAAAUCCAGAGUAUAGUACUUGCUGAAACUGAAAGCAGUGGUAGCUUCAUAUUGGGAAGUGUGGAUUCUUAUGGUCAUCUUAUCGUUUCUAAGUUGGAUGGGAGUGGUGAUGAUGUCAACAACUUCAGUUUCUCAGUAUCUCCCCGCGAUUUUGGUGCUGGAGAAAGUGGUUGGGCUGGCCUAUGUUUUAACCCUAGUCAAUGGUCAAUGGCAGCUGUUGCUCGCAGCUUCUGCAAAAGUAUUGAUAUCUAUGACCAAGAUAUUCAUCUUCGCACUCUGCGUACCAGAUUAUGGUAUCCAUCUUCAUUGAUCUUCAUGAAUAAUUUCUACGGAGGAAGUGAAGGUUCUGUAUUAGCCGUUGCAGAAGGUUCCCAGCUUACCGUAUGGGACUUGAGGAUAAAAGAAAAUAGUGGUUGUGUGCAUAGAAUAUGUGGAUCUGUUGGUGAUAUGGUAUAUGCAGUUUGUAGUUCCCCUACUGGUACUAUUGCAGCUGGUGGAGCUGAUCGUACUGUUACUGUCUAUGAUCCCCGCAGAUGGUGUGCACUAUCAAGGUGGCUUAAUUGUUCAAAAUAUGAGAUAACUGGGCUAGCCUUCUCCUCUCUUAGUUCUGAUUACAUUUAUGUGCAAGGAGUUGAUUAUGAGGUUCUUUGUGGAAAUUGGUAUGAAAGUGAGAAGGCCUUUUCAUUUAGAGGAGAUUCAAACUGGCUAGGAUUUAGUAAGUGUCCUAGCAGGGAUAUUGUUGGGGGAUGGUGUGAUUCAGGUAAUGUUUUUGUUGCUGACAUUGGGCUUGAAAAAAGGUAUUAACAAAUGCAGAAGUCUUCACUGGAAUACCCAAGCACUUCUCGCAGCCAUUUUCCGAUCUUCUAACUCCAUUUGAAUGCUUUAGUUAAAUGGGAAGCUUGAAUGUGAUUUGCAUAAAGACAUAGAUGCACCAGGCAAAGGUGUCCAAGAGGCCUAGCCAUUUAUUUUGUCUGUGAUGAACCAUUUUACUAGGAAAGCGAGAGGAAUCAUUUUCCGGAAGGGCUUUGACAUCUUGGUGAGGGUUCUUGGGAGAUGGAACCGUAGCUUAGCAUAUGAGGGUGUGAGUUUUGUACUGAAAUUCUUCUUCAAACUGCAGUAACAUUGAAUGAACCUCAAAGCUAAAGCCUCUCCUCAAAAGAGUGGGUGAGCUGCUAUAUAUUGUUGCUAACAUUACAUCUUAAUCUUGUAUGCAAGUGCUGCUGUUAUAGGUGUGAACUUUUCCAGCACUUCUUUGAUGUCAUGCUCCUAUGUCAAUUCCUUAUGAAGGAAUAAGUUAAACAGUUUUUUGUUUCA